ACAUCAUCAAUUGCCUCCAUGCUUUCACAAAGUGCGCACUUCCCCCGGCCUUCGCGGCGUCGCGGCGCAAAACUAGAAGUGUCACGUGCUUGCUUGGAAGAAAACGGUUAUCUAAUCUGUGCUGGCGACAAGAAUGACGCGGUCGGAGCCAACAGCCCUAGGCAUCUUCCGCGAAGCUAGGUGGAUGACGGCUACAUCACCCGCAACAAAGUCCAAAGCCAUGCCCCCUUCAAGCUCCAGAGGCAGGCAACCGCGCAAGUGGCGCGCACUUGCCUGGAGGCACGCUGCUUGCCACUCUCCAAAGAAGUUCCUGCUCUCGCAAUGCAAGCACACCUCAGCCAAAGAAGGCUUAACGAGCGCCAACUACGUGGUCAAGCAGCGGAUGCAGAAAAAGCUUGGCAUGGCCUUUGGUGUCCUAAGCCAUCACUCGGUGGCUCAAGCUGGCGACAAGUUCAUCGAAGAGUGGCGCAUACCGAGGUCAUUCAUGGCGCAGCUAGCUAAAGAGUGGGCCUGA